AUGGACUUUUGUUAUAAUAAACUGAUGGGAAACGGUGCCGUUGCUAGUAAAUUCAAGUUGACUAACAAGGUUCAGUUGAACCAAUCGAAUCUUAGGACACCUAUUAUUCCAAAGAGAGGUUUUGAUGACAUUGAGAACACCACAAUUUCUGAAAUUACAACCGAACCCAACACUAAAGAUACAGACACCGCUCCAGAAAACACAGAAAACCCCUUAACUCAUCAUCCCAGUAAUUGUAAUCGUUGCUACAGGUUGAAGAAGAAGUGUACGCGAACAUUUCCCAAAUGUUCUCAUUGUGAAAGGACAGGUUCACAGUGUGAAUAUGUUGAUAGGACCAAGAAGAGGAAGAAAUCAUCUGAUAAUGUAGUACUGCUGAGCGAACCCGAUGGCCAGCUCAUCCACAUUGCUAGUGCCGACUCAACUCAAACCGGAGUGGUUGCCCAUAAAUUGAUUUCAGUGUCGUCCUUACUUGUUCCAGACCAAAGCGAUAAUCAGGUCAAGAAUAGGGAAAAAUCAAAAAAUAAGAAGAUUGCAACAGCUGCGUUAGCAUCGUCUGCUCGUCGUGCCCAAGAGAAGGACAAAGAAGGUGUUGAGAAAAUCAACUAUAAAACCACUCAACAGCCAACAAUCUCCAAUAUACAGGAAGAGUUCAUCACAAUGAAGGAGAUUAAAGAUGAUACUUUGCCCUUGGCGUUUGCGCUCAAUUAUUUCAACAACUUUGGUCACAAGUACCCAUUCGUCAAUAAAGAUGUCUUUCUAAACAAGUUGAGGAAAAUAGACUUCGCUAAGGACUCCAUUGUAAAUUUGGAUGUUUAUUUACUUUUGAGCAUCGGGUGCAUUUUAUAUGAUGCCAAGACCCAAACCUCACACUACUCGGAUUAUUUUAAGACUAAAAGCAUUUACAGUAUUAUAGAUGUUUUAGACUUGUCAUUUUCAACUUACAACAAGGACAGUAUUCAUCUUUUGCUAUUAUUGUCGAUUUACGGUUUGACAUCUUUGAAUAAUGAGAUGGUGUGGAAUUUAAUUGGGUUGUUAAAUAGAGCAAUCUUGAAGUUUGACUUGUUUAAAAAGCUUGAUGAUAAACUGGUUGAGCGUGUCUUUUGGUCUGUGCACAAUUUGGAUAAGGAGAUUAGUCUUGUGGUAAUGAAACCAUCGCAGUUUCCCAAGUAUACCUACAUCAAGAAACAAGAUAUAGACUCAACCAUUUAUGAGGAGGAGAAUUUGUCACUUGUGAAACACUACAUUUCACUUGGCAAAAUCCAAGACUCUUUAGUUGAUGCUGUUUUAUCGCAUUCAAAUGAAAACCUUACACAAAUAUCACGCGAGCUAGGAACCUGGGUUUCAAGCUUUACCAAAGACAUCAGUCUAAAAUAUGUGUCACAACCAAAUUUACAAGAGCUCAUUCCAUGGGCUAAUAUUCAAAGCUAUUACUUGCAAACCGUCAUGGAUCAAGUAUCUACAACAAAGAGCUUUCAAUUCCCAUCCAAUUUCAUUUUCCACUCUUUUACAUCCUUGAUAUCUGCAUCUGAUAAGUCACUGGCAGCAGAGAAUAAGCAUAAUACCAAGCUUGCAAUUAUAGCGUCGGGCAUCUGGUAUGCUCAGCUCUUUGACGUUAUAAAGCUUAGCACGGACACGUUGAUCCAUUUUUUGCAAUCCGAUGAUUCAGAGAUAUGUUCUAAAGUUAAGGAGUUCAAUGAAUUUCUACAGCAAGACUUGAAUUUAUUGAAGUAUAUACGAGGCUUUAGGUGCUUGCUUCGUCUAGAAGGGUAUCAAAAGUUGUCAACUAAGGUGAAUGAGACAAUUGAUGUGUUAGAGCACUUGAGUAUAGUGUUGUUAGGGUUCGAUGAAAACAGUGACAAUAUGGAUGUAUUGGGUAUUCUUGAAGGUGUGAAACAAAAUGUAGAGAGUUCACUAUAG